AUGACUGAAAUGGCAGCCCCGCUCAGAUUUCUCAUCGCCGGAGGAAGCAUCGUGGGUUUGGGACUGGCUUUGUGCUUCGAAAGCGCUGGAAUCGAAUACGAGCUGUUCGAAAAAGGCGAGGUUGUGCCGCAGCUGGGUGCAUCCAUAGGCUGGCAUCCGCACAGCCUCAGAAUCCUCGAGCAGCUAGGAGUCCGCGAUGAAAUAGAAAGAGGCGCCGUUCCGCUCCUUCACCAACAGCAUUUCGACGAGCGUGGCAGGUGUUUCGAGGACUCAAACGUCCUCGUGGAGAUUAAGAAGAGGUACGUCACCAAAAUCGGG